GAGUUAUCAAAAGUUGCUAACUCUGAUACUCAUGGAGAAGAUUCUACAUACUUUGCUGGAUGGAAAGCUUAUGAUGAGAACCCUUAUGAUGAGAUAACUAAUCCUUCAGGUGUUAUUCAGAUGGGUUUGGCUGAAAAUCAAGUUUCAUUUGAUUUGCUAGAAGAAUAUUUGGAAAACAAUUCAGAAAAACAACCAACAACUAGGAAGAGUAAUGGGGUUUCAAGCUUUAGAGAGAAUGCUCUAUUUCAAGAUUAUCAUGGUCUACAAAGUUUUAGAAAAGCAAUGGCAAGUUUCAUGGGGAAAAUCCGAGCCGAUAAAGUGGUAUUCGACCCCGAAAGAGUAGUUCUAACCGCUGGAGCAACAGCUGCCAAUGAACUCCUUACUUUCAUUUUAGCUAACCCUGGUGAUGCUUUAUUAGUUCCAACUCCAUACUACCCAGGAUUUGAUAGAGAUUUACGAUGGAGAACUGGCGUGAAAACUGUUCCAGUUCAUUGCAACAGCUGGAACAACUUUCAAGUUACUCCACAAGCAUUAGAAGAUGCAUAUAAAAAAGCCGAAUCAAUGAACAUCAAAGUUAGAGGACUUCUGGUUACAAACCCAUCGAACCCACUAGGUAUAGCAAUGGAACGUAAAAUACUCGAAGAGAUACUUGACUUCGUUACGUGUAAAAACAUUCAUCUUGUAUCGGAUGAAAUAUAUUCGGGGUCAGUUUUCUCUUCGACAGAAUUCGUUAGCGUUGCAGAAAUACUAGAAGCUCGAAACUAUAAAGAAGCAGAAAGGGUUCAUAUUGUUUAUAGCUUAUCUAAAGAUUUAGGAUUACCUGGGUUUAGAGUUGGAACAAUUUAUUCAUACAAUGAUAAAGUUGUGACAACUGCAAGAAGGAUGUCAAGUUUUAGUUUAGUCUCGUCACAAACACAAAAUCUCUUAGCUGCCAUGCUAUCGGACAUGGAGUUUACCCAAAAUUAUAUUAAGAUUAAUAGAGAAAGAUUGAAAACAAGAUAUGGGUUAAUUAUUGAUGGACUAAGAAAAGCUGGCAUCGAGUGUCUAGAGGGAAAUGCUGGAUUAUUUUGUUGGAUGAAUUUAAGUCCAUUUUUGAAGAGCUUAACAAAAGAAAGUGAGUUGAUUCUCUGGAAUUCAAUGGUGAAUGAAGUGAAGCUGAAUAUAUCACCUGGUUCAUCUUGUCAUUGUGAUGAACCUGGUUGGUUUAGGGUAUGCUUUGCUAAUAUGAGUGAAGCAACAUUAGAAAUAGCAUUGAAGAGAAUUUAUGACUUCAUGGAAACUACCGAUUAUGGUCGCAGCAUAAAUCGAAAAAAGAAAGAAAAAAAAACUGCCGAAUUGUUUUUUAACUUCCGAUUAUUAGAGGGUAAUUUUGUUUUGAUCAUGGAUUCUUAUAGUGCAUCCAAUGCAAACACCACAAACUCUACAUGUGGUUCAUUGCCUUCUUCUAUGCAAACUAGAGAUACAGCAUGCAAUUCAGAUGAAGUCUCUGAUGCUAAUACAGAUGUUGAGGAGCAAGAAGUUGAAACUGAUGGCAAUGUGGGUAGUGGUAGUGCUAGUGCUAGUCAACUACUUGUUCAGAAUCAGACGAAGAGAAAGCGAAUAAGCCAAAGUUCAGUUUUUUUGAAGUCGGUGGAUGCCUCAAAUAGAACCAAUGAUGUUGAUUUCAUUCGCAAGCUUGUAAAGGAGGUAAUUACUGAUGUUGGUGCAGAAAAUGAAGUUCAGUUCAUUACGGAUAAUGGUUCAAACUUCAAAAAGGCAGGGAAGGAUUUAAUGCUGGAAUACCCACAUAUGUUUUGGACUCCUUGUGGUGCUCAUUGUGUUCAGUUGAUGCUAGAAGAACUUGGUUCCAGGCUUCCACGAAUCAAGACAGCCGUCAUUCUAGGUAAGAGACUGGUUACAUAUAUUUAUGUUCAUUUUCAAGUAUUGAGCUUAUUGAGGGACUUGACUAAAGCAGAUUUACAUAGGUCUACAAAAACUAGAUUUGCAACUCAAUACUACACACUAGAGAGUAUUCAAAAGUAUAAAACUCCUCUACAAAUGGUGUUUGUGAAUGAUAGGUGGGUAAAAACUAGGUUUGCUAGAGAAACUGUUGGAGUAAAUGCACUUAAGAUUGUUACAAAUAGUAAAUUCUGGGAAGAUGUUGAUUACUCUUGUAGGGUGCUAAAGCCUUUAGUUAAGGUAGUAAGGUUACGGAUAUCGAACGCAAACCUACAAUGCCUUCUUUUUAUGAGGCAAUGA